UCGCCGUCGCUGUCGCCGUCAACGUCAACGUCGGUCGAGCCGUCAUUUAAUCCGUUGGCCCGACUUACGAAGUAGCUUCUGUGGCGUUGUCAUCGCAGUGUCGCUUUGGAUUUCCGUGGAUAGUUUCAGCAGCAGCUUCUGUUGUUUGUGUUUAGCUCUGUGUGCAGCUGCCCGAACUGCCCUGUCUGCCCUGUCUGCCCAGUACUCUGCUCAUUUCUGGUUCGGCGCGCGUUCACAAAACAAAGCUCAAUUUUAGCGGCGUGCGUUUGCCACACAUCAUACAUACCACAUCAAAAUUUGACUAAAUUGCUAAAGAUGUGCUAAAGUUUGUUUGCAUAACAAAAAGAAAACAAGCAGAAAGAAAAUCCGAUAUGCUCGUUUUAAAGGUGUCAAUUUAUUAAAAAGGUGCUAAAAAGCUUGAAUCUCCAAAGAGCCAAAAAUCGCUUAAAGAUGCGUUUCAAUUUUACAACUCACUCGGCGGCGACGACAACGCCAGCUGCAACGGCAACGACAACGGCGUCGGCCAGGUCCAAUGAAAAGUCCGCAAAGCCGCUCAAUAGACCAAAGACCAUCGAAGAGGAUCCCGAUUCGCUGGACAGUGUGAUCAGCAAUCCGCAGUCGUAUCCCAUAACGAUCGUGCCAAAUCGUCCGGCCAGCUUCUAUGGCCUCUCCUCAAAUGGCAAAGCCUUUCAGCGACAGCCCAGUUGCAGAUCUCGCAACUUUCGGCCUGGCAGCAUGAGACGCGUGCGGCGUCGCGCCGUCUUCAAGAAUGGCGACUGCAAUGUGGUGCAAAAGCAUCUGCAGCGCAGACGGGUGCGUUUCCUGCAGGACAUGUACACCACGAUGGUGGACUGGCAGUGGCGCUGGACACUGCUGGCCUUUGCCUUGAGUUUCAUAUUGUCCUGGCUGUUCUUUGCAUUGAUCUGGUGGCUCAUUAUGUAUACGCACGGUGAUCUCGAGGAGCUGCAUCUGCCACAUAAUCAGGAGGAUUCCGGUUGGGCGCCUUGCGUCUCGGCCAUUGACGGCUUUACCUCCUGCUUCCUGUUCUCAAUCGAGACGCAGCACACGAUUGGCUAUGGCGUGCGCACCACAUCGCCCGAGUGCCCCGAGGCCAUAUUUAUGAUGUGCUUCCAGUCCAUAUUUGGCGUGAUGUCAUCGGCGUUUAUGGCCGGCAUUGUCUUCGCCAAAAUGACACGUGCCAAGCAGCGCGCUCAGACAUUGCUGUUCUCCAAGCACGCGGUGAUCUGCCAGCGUGACGGCUGCCUCUCGUUGAUGUUCCGCGUGGGUGACAUGCGGAAGUCGCACAUUAUUGGCGCCGGCGUGAGGGCCCAGCUUAUAAGGACACGCAGUACCAAGGAGGGCGAGGUGAUGACACAGCACUUUACAGAGCUGCAGAUAGGCACGGAUGACUCGGGCUCCGAUUUGUUCUUUAUCUGGCCCAUGGUCAUCGAGCAUCGCAUCGACGAGAACUCGCCGCUCUACAAUAUGAAUGCAACCGACAUGCUGCAGGACAAGUUCGAAAUUGUUGUAAUACUGGAGGGCACGGUUGAAUCGACGGGACAGUCUACGCAGGCGCGAUCGAGCUAUAUCAACACGGAAAUACUGUGGGGUCAUCGCUUCGAUCCCGUGGUCUUGUACAACAAGGACUUGCAGGCCUAUGAGAUCGACUAUGCGCGCUUCAAUGAGACCACACAGGUGGAUACGCCCCUUUGCAGCGCCCGCGAACUCAACGAAAUCUACAAGAUACAGGAGGGCUUCCGCACACCAGCUUCCGUUCAGCUGCGCAGCUCACCCAAUCCCUCUACGACGUCCGCGCACUCGAACAGCUCCGGCUACAGUUCCUGGUGCGGCAAUCAGCAGCUGCCGCGGCGCCUGCGCUGGCAGCUGUCGCUGCCCUUGCAGAGAGGCUGUUCUAUCGACACAUGAAACUUACCGAGUACUUUUAUUUGAUUACUUACUGCUUACAAAAAUAAGUUAAUAAAUGCUUGAGCUUUUAGUUUA